CUAUUAUUAUAUUUAAAUUGUUGUGUUUCUAACCAUUUGUUAAAAAAAUGUUUCCCAAUCCAAUAUGUGAACCAUUUACAAAUCUACCACAAAAAUUUGACAUUGAUAAAAUUGCUGAAGAAUUUAAGCCGAAGCAUCUAGAGAAGAGUGUAGAGAAAAUCAAGACUCCGCGUGAUUUUCUUAAUGAGCCGGACAAUAGUUGGACCGUCUUACCUAUCUUUAAGUAUCAUUUGGAACAUUUAAAGCCAUUGCUCUCGGUCCGCACAAAUCCUUAUAUGCGUUGUCGUUAUGUAGAGUUUCUCGACAAUGUACCCAAUCGUUAUGUUAACAUUGUAGUUUAUGGAACCGAUUUUAACAACAUGCCGAAGCCAAGACGUAAAUCGUUAAACGGCCAAUUUUAUGGUGUUGAUUAUAAGCUGGCGCCCAUUCCUGUAGAGCCUGCAAGCUUUAGCUAUUCAGCGUCCAAGUCAGCUAAGGCUAAACAUGAAACCAAGUAGUUAAAGGGAAAAUUAAAAGUACG